GUCUCACUACCCUGCGCCGAUAACUCACAACAUUAGACGUGCUUGUUUUCACACGUGACACGUGCGACACAAAUAAUUCAGUUAAAAAAGCGAUACGAAAAGCAUAUUCGCCCUUCCUUGCGAGAGUCCUUUUCAUUUCUUUCUCUGAUUUGUUCGACAUCCGUUUCGAUCACUCACUCACUCUCCUCUCUAGCUUUCUAUCAUCUUUUUCUAACGGAUUUCCUUUCUUGAGAGAAUAAAAUUUUUCCGGGAAACAAUCAGGUACUGGAGGAGGGGUUGGAGAGAUGAUGGAUCCGUGGACUAUGCAUGUCAAGAUCGCAACGACGACAACUCCAAGCUCCUUCUGGCUGAGGAAUUCGAUUUGCGAGAAAGCAGUUUCGGGGAAUUUGGGGAGAGUUGGCGUGUUUGAGAUCGGGGUGUCGAGGCGCAGCUGGCUUUACUCUUCUGGGAGUCGUUCAUUGGUCGUCAAAGCUAUGGGCAAGAAGAAUAAUGGCAAUUCCUCCUCCUCCUCCUCCUCCCCUGGAAAUAAUGAUAGCGGGAAGAAUUCUCCGGAGGGCAAUAAAUCUAAUGACCCUGCUUCCCCCAAGUCCCAUCAUAUAAGCCUGGAUUGGAGAGAAUUCAGAGCAAAUUUAUUUGCUCAGGAGAAGGCGGAAAAGUUGGAGCUCAAUGCUUAUGACAAAGGCGGCAUGCCAGAGUCGAAACCUCUCGGACUGAAAUGGGCCCACCCUAUUCCAGUACCUGAGACUGGCUGUCUACUUGUUGCCACUGAAAAGCUUGAUUUCAUUAACACCUUUCAAAGAACUGUUGUUCUCCUCCUCAGGUCUGGGACCCGAAAUCCACAAGAGGGGCCAUUUGGAGUUAUCAUCAACAAACCACUUCACAAGAAGAUUAAACACAUGAGCCCCACUAAUAAUGAAUUGGCGAGUACUUUUGCUGAUUGUUCUGUACAUUUUGGUGGACCUCUUAAUGCAAGCAUGUUCUUGUUAAGAACAAGGGAAAAGUCGAAGCUUCCUGGGGUUGAGGAGGUGAUGCCUGGCCUGUGUUUUGGUGCUCGAAACUGUUUGGAUGAAGCUGCAGAAUUGGUGAAGAAAGGGGUACUUAAGCCUCAAGAUUUUAGAUUUUUUUAUGGUUACGCUGGAUGGCAGCUAGAUCAGUUGAGGGAGGAGAUUGAAUCCGAUUUUUGGUAUGUGGCUGCAUGUAGCCCUAAUUUAAUAUUUGGGGGUCCUUCCAGCUCUUCUGAGAAUUCGUGGGAAGAAAUUUUGCAGCUAAUGGGCGGGCAUUAUUCAGAGUUGAGCAGGAAGCCUAAGCAAGACAUGUAGGUAUUAAUGUAUUAUCAACCGAAGGGUUUUAUAUGAAUCACAAAACAUCUUUGGAAUUGAAGCAAGCUAUGUAACCAGGAUUUUAUGAAAGCUAAAUGUACAGAAAAAUACUGACAUUUGUAGUCAGUAUAUCUCCCUCUUUUUCCUAUUUUUUCCCUGUUACAAACUUUUAUUAUGUCUUGUAUCUGACUGAAGAAUUUUGUCA